AUGGUGUCGAUCCGGAACGCAACGGCAAAUGACCUGCUCGAGGUGCAGAACUCGAAUCUAUGGUGCUUGCCAGAGAACUACCAGAUGAAGUACUACUACUACCACAUCAUGACGUGGCCCCAGCUCCUCUACGUGGCGGAGGAUCGCGAGCGCAAGAUUGUCGGCUACGUCUUGGCCAAAAUGGAAGAGGAAGCGUCGGUGCCCCACGGCCACAUCACGUCGCUAGCCGUGCUGCGGACGCACCGCAAGUGCGGACUCGCGACGAAGCUCAUGCAGGCAGCCCAGCGUGCGAUGGUGGAGAGUUUCGGCGCUGAGUACGUGUCACUGCACGUCCGGGAGAGCAACGUCGCGGCUAUUCAUCUGUACCGCCGGACGCUCAAGUACCAGGUGUAUGCCAUUGAGAAGGCGUAUUAUGCUGACGGUGAAGACGCGUACGACAUGCGCAUGCCGUUCACGGACAAGUGCAAUCAGGCAUUUGCUUCACAGGUGAACCGAUUGAAAAAGGUGCUGGUCGAGAAAGAUGCAAAGGCUGCUGAGAAAUUGGCAGCUUAG